AUGUCGACGGCGAGUGAGCUUCCAACGGACUACGACCAAACGUCCAAAUUUUCUGAUGAGGAAUCAUGUGGGCAGAAGGCAAAACGUUUUUUUCGGAAGAACUUGUUGUUAGUGUUGUUGAUACUGGCCAUGUUCCUGGGGAUAGGGAUGGGGGCUGGGCUAAGGUACGUCCAGCCACCGUUCAACAGCCGACAGAUCAUGUAUCUGAGGUUCCCCGGGGAUCUCCUCAUGCAGAUGUUGAAGAUGCUGAUCUUGCCCCUCAUCGUGUCCAGUCUCAUCUCGGGUCUAGCGGCUCUGGACACCCGGUCAUCGGGCCGGAUCGGCCUCAGGGCAGUUGUCUACUACAUGACCACCACACUAGCAGCUGUCAUCUUAGGCAUCAUCCUCGUGGUGGCUAUCCGGCCAGGAGACUACGGACGGAAAGACAACAUCGAACGGAGCGGUGAAGCCAAGAACGUCAACCCGGCCGACGCCAUGUUGGAUCUUGUUAGAGUUAUGUUUCCUGACAACUUAAUACAAGCCUGCUUCUCAAGGACAGUUACAGAGCAAAUUCCUGUGAACCAAACUGAUGACGUAAACCUGACGUCAGUGGCGAACAUGAGCGUCUUUGUGGAGCAAACCUCGGACUUGAUACAGAAUGCUACAAACAAGACAGCAGCCCCUCAGGAGUUCGAGCCCAAACUGGUAACCGUGGACGGCAUUAACAUUAUGGGUUUGGUUGUCUUCUCCAUCUUCUUUGGCAUCAUCAUCGGCCGGAUGGGAGAAAAGGGGCGUCCUCUGGUGGAGCUGUUUGACUCGCUCAACAUCGCUACGAUGAAACUGAUCAGUCUUGUUAUUUGGUAUUCUCCUAUCGGCGUGACCUUCCUCAUUGCCGCCAAGGUCGUGGAGAUGGAAGACCCAGAGGCUGUCAUCCAGCAGAUCGGCAUGUACGCCCUCACCGUACUCUCCGGCCUCGCCAUCCACGGGCUCAUCGUCCUUCCACUCCUCUACUUCGUCAUCGUCCGUAAAAAUCCGUUCAAGUACCUGUACGGAAUCAUACAGGCCCUGGUCACGGCGCUGGCCACUUCCUCAAGUUCUGCCACUUUGCCACUAACGAUGCAAUGUUUGGAGGAAAACAACGGCAUAGACCCGCGUAUAAUAAAGUUUGUGGCGCCUGUAGGAGCUACGAUCAACAUGGAUGGGACGGCGCUGUACGAAGCGGUGGCCGCCAUAUUUAUAGGGCAGAUCAACCAGAUGUCUAUGGACGUCGGUAAAGUCAUCACUGUCAGUAUAACGGCUACAGCAGCUGCUAUUGGGGCGGCAGGAGUGCCACAGGCGGGGCUUGUUACCAUGGUGAUUGUGCUCUCAGCGGUUGGUCUACCCACUGAUGACGUCACAUUAAUCUUAGCAAUCGACUGGUUUUUGGAUCGUUUCCGGACGAUGAUCAAUGUCCUCGGUGACGGCUUCGGCUGUGGAAUCGUCGCUCACCUGUCCCGGGGAGAAAUGGCCAAGAUGGACACCGCGUCGGAGAUGGAGAAGGACAUGAGCAAUGGCCAUCACAAUGAUGGUUAUGAGACUGGGUUUUGA